AUGAGUACUUUGCCUCCUGUGCUGAUACAGUGUCCAAAGAGAUAUCCCAGCCUCGUAGAGCAGAUGGAUUGCCCUUCAAUAAAACUUGCAAGGAUUCAUUUGAUCAAAGACAAAGAUGCCAUAGAUCAUUAUUUGGCGAUGAAUAUCAAAGGGUUGUCAAAACAAGAGGCUGCUGCUUACAGGAAUUCAUACAAGAAGAACAUCUGCAUAGACAUGCUGCGACAGGGUUAUCACAAGUCCUUCUCUGAGCUCUUCACUCUGAUACAGAAGUGGAAUGCCUUGAGGGAGGCUGCAGGGCCUGGGUCAGCCAUAUGGCAGCAGAAGUCCCUGGAGGAGCAGCCUGAUAAGCUGGAUCAGCUUCACCAUUUCCUGACCAGGGCUGAGGCAGCCCAACGAGCAGAGUACUACGAGGAGGUGUACAAUAACCAACUUAAUUUGGCCUACUGCUUCAACAACACUGAGGACAAAUGGUUAAGGAAUUACUUUUAUGAACAAUGUUUUAGCACCGCUCAGCUAAUCAAAAUCGAUGGUGGGAAAAAAGAGGCUGAAGCGCAUGCAAAUAUGGGCCUUGUCAAUGAGGAACAAGGUCAGUUCAUGAAAGCUGCUGAGCAUUAUGAAACAUUCCAUCAAUUGACACUGGGACGGAUGUGGAAUGAUGAGACAGGCCAUACUUACAACUCACUGGCCUGUGAGCAUCUCUGGAGAAUUUACACAUUACUAGCAGACAAAAUGCUAGAAAAUAAAGAACACCAACAGGCCAUCAAAACUCUAAUAAAAGCUUUUGAAAUGGCAAAAAAAGGAGGUGAUAAGAAGAUGGAAGGAGAAGCUGCCUAUUGCUUAGGGCUAGCCUAUCAUUCUGCUGGAGAAGAACAGACAGCAAUAAUAACUCUGAACACCUACAAAGAAAUCUCCACAGAACUGUGUGAUAUUGUUGGCCUAGGUAGAGCAUAUCAAGCUAUAGCCAAGGUCCUGGUAAGUCAGGGAAAAGUGACUGAGGCUAUUGCGUACUUGGAAAAGUUUGUGACAGUUGCCAAGAGUGCUCAGCUAAGCCGAAGUCUAGUGGAUGCAUGCAUAUCCCUUGGAGAUAUUUACAAUGAAAGAGGGAACUAUUACAAAGCCUGUGAAUAUUUCAAUCAGGCUUUUGAGGCAGCAAACACUCUAACUGACUUGCCUCUGGUGGAUGAAACAAAGGUUUAUUACGGCAUCGCAAAAGGUCAUAACAUGAUGGUGGUAGUUAACAGUCAUACAGACGCUGCAGAUCACGUCAGCAUUGAGUACCUGCUGGCAUGGAAGGAGAACAGAAGUGACAUGUGCACUGACCCUUUUACAGUUGAGCUUGCUAAAGACACAAGUGGUGUUUUGGAGACCAGUGAACUAUUUCUGCAGACCCCAGUUCAAGAACCUCUAUGAGAAUUCCAGCUCACUCAGAGAAAAAGCUCUGAACGCUUUUGAUGAAGUCAAGAAGAUCCUUGUUAGAAAACAUGCAGAAAAACUUUUGCAUUUCACCUUGUAAUUUUAAAAGGAGCACAGAGUUGCAGUGCAAGUGCCCAGCAACAUUAGGUCCUUUGAUGACUGGUGUCAGGUUGAAUAUGUGUCACAAAGGUUUUUAUCUUAACUAUCCUGCAUUGUUCAAAUAAAAUACAAAAGGAAUGGUAGCAUUAUAAAGGAAAACCAGUAUAUUUACCUAUUACAUAAUCUAUCCUACAGUGUACCUCCGGUGAGGUGAUGAGCACCCUUAACUCCCAUUGAAGUCAAUGGGAGUGGGAGUUGAGGAUAUUCAGCAAGAUGAGGUUCUAAACAUAUAUGCUAAUUUUAACACUAAUAUCCAGCAUUUUGUCCAUUUCUGUAACAGUACACUCAGAUUUUGACCCCUUUUACACAGGGCCUUCAGUUGAGUUUAACAAAAGUGCCUAACAGCUGUGACUCAACGGGGUUUUAACAUGAUUAGAAAAGAUCCAGCCUGGUUGGUGCACUAUCGCAUGGUUUAGAUCUAGUUUAUAAUACAGUUUGGCCCUAACCAGCUUCAGCCACAACUAGGUUUGUUUAAGCUGUGAUUAAGCAUAACUAUUAAACUCUCUUGAAAGCCCUGUAUAAACAAAGCAUUUGAAACGCUGCUUACCGUUCCUAGUAAAACAAUAACCCAAUGUAACAGUGAAACAAGUAUACUGAACAUGGACAUUUUUUGUCAUAUUGAAAAUCUGUAUUUGACAUGUUCAAAGCUACACAAGACACCUUUUAAAAGUGCACCCUGUGCUUGUUCUUGUAAUCAAACAAACUAAAAUCCAUGGAGACUGAUUUUAGCUAAUAACCCACUAAUAAUCUAAAACUCUGAUUCCUUUAGUACAGUGAAGUCUGCUUGGAGAAUUUUAUUCUAGUUUGAGUUGGUCAAAUUUUCUUGUCAGGAGAUUCCCCUCAUGAUUCUUAGCAGGCAAACUUCAAUAGGUUUCCACAGUUCUCCGUGGCCAUUUUCAGGGCUGCUGUAACCCUUGACCUGGAUAGAAGCUAGGAGGAUAGAAGAUUGAGGUUAUCCUUCUGAGAAAUGUAGUAAAAGUAGAAUGUUGGGAACCCUUUGAGUUUUAUUUGGAAAAAUUGAUUCAGUCUAUCAUAUAUCUCAGAAAACCAGUUAUUUCAGAUCUAAAUAAACAAAGG